CGGCCGUGCAGCUCCGGCGCGCGGAUGGCGGAGGAGAGCCGUCGCCAGACGCCGCCCACUUCCAUUGUUGCACCGCUAUUUAUCCCAAGAGUUGCAUAUAUGAAUGCUACUCAAGUAUUUUGAAGUUAAUAUCGCUGAAAAUCACUCAUAGAAUUCAAUGCUGUUAUUUGCACUGUGAAAGAAUGAGGACUACAAACACAGGAACUAAAAUAGUAGAGAAUUGUAUAGGGCUGCAAGGAUCAGUGCAGAUUAAAAUGGCUACUGGAUCAUUAAGUAAGUAAGGAAAAAGCAUAUCCAGAGCUUCUCAUUUCUAAUCCAAUAAUUUUAUGUUCCUCUACUUCCCAUUUAAUAUUCUUAAGUUUUGAAAAUAAAGCUAAGACAAAAUGUCUUCCAAGAUUUUUGG